AUGCCAUCGACCGAUCCGCUGCCGAUAUAUCUUGACUACAAUGCCACCACCCCGUUGUGUGAGGAGGCCUGGGAGGCCAUGGUGCGCGUGCGCAGUGCGUGGGGCAACCCCAGUUCCUCACACCCGUACGGUAUGGCGGCCAAGUUUGCCCUGGAGGAGGCACGGAAAAAGGCUUCUGACGCCAUACACGCCGAAGGGCCUGAGACUAUCCUCUUCACCUCAGGUGGAACAGAGGCAAACAAUCUUGCCAUCAUUGGUGGGGCAACGAAAGCUUACGUGCGGGAUCCAGCCCGCUGUUGUGUCAUUGCCACUGCUGUGGAGCACCCCGCCGUGGAGGAGGUGCUAACAUUUUUGCAACAUCCGAAUCUGCUCCGUCGGGAGGAAGUUGGCUUUAUCGCGCACCGUUUUCCUGUGGAUGAGAAAACCGGGUGUGUCGAUCCUCAUACAUGGCGCCAACUGCUUCUUCAGCUUCCUGGGGGACCCAGAAGUGUGGCAUUGGUUUCCGUUAUGUAUGCAAACAACGAGGUCGGGUCAGUCAAUCCAAUCCGUGAGCUUGUGCACUUGGUAAAAGAGUUGUGUGGGGCAGAAGUCCUCUUUCACACAGAUGCUGCUCAGUCUAUUGGCAAAGUGUCAGUAGACGUAAGUUUGUUGCAGGUGGAUUUGUUGUCCAUUUGUUCCCACAAGUUCUACGGUCCCAAGGGAGUGGGUGCACUGUAUGUGAAGGAAGGAGUUCAAUUGCAGAAGCUUCUCUUCGGGGCUGGCCAUGAACGCGGACUUCGUCCAGGCACAGAAAACGUGAUGCAGAUCACAGGGAUGGCGGAGGCACUUCAUCUUGCAUGUCGCAACUUGUCAGAAAAUGCGAAGAAACUGCGCGCAACACGCGACGAACUACUUCAUGUCAUUGAAGAAGAGUUGGCAAAGGUUGGAAUGGACUACGUCGUGAAUGGCGAUAUCAGGCACGCCCUUCCAAAUACACUUAAUAUUGCCCUGUACAAGGAGGAUGGAGCAGGGCGUCGGACGUACAUAUCGGCCCAAAGGCUUAUUCAUUCCGUCGGUGAUAAAGUCUGUAUGUCUGCCGGAUCCGCAUGCCACUCCUCAGCCGAGGAAGUUUCGGUUUCCGCCCCGCUAAAGGGUGUUGGUGUGGAUCUGCCGCGCGCCGUUGGAACGCUUCGCCUCUCGACAGGACGAGGGACAAGCAUAGAGGAGGUACGACGGGCGGCCCGCAUCAUUGUGCGGCAGGCUGCACAACAAUUUACCGAGGUCUAA